AAAAUGUAAUGCUUGUGCUUGUCAGUUGUCACUCUUGUUGAUUGAAACUAUUUUAAGUUUGAAAUUGUACUGGUAAUUGAUAAAAGUUGUUAUAUGCAAAUUUGUUCUGUUAAAAACCAAAAUGAUAAAAAUUCCACCUUGGACAGGGGGUACCGAGGAGGAGUACGAAACGCAACAUUUUGGUUUCGGUGCUCAAAGGCUUAAAAUAUCCGUUCGCCAGAUGGUGGAACAAAAAAUUCGAACUGGCGUCAAAGACAUGGAAACAUAUCUUCAAGAUUCAUUGGAUUUAAAUGAUACAGAUAAGACUACGUUAACUCAUUCAUGUGAUAAACUCAUUCGUUUGUAUUGCGAGAGAGCAGGGCUGUCUCUAGAUAUUGUGGACGAAGAAAUUGAGCGUGUUCUUAAAAUACCUCCAAAUGUUUUGUUACCUGAAGAUGAAGUACAGUUAGAACAGGUAUCAGACGAAGAAUAUUGUAAGCUACGGGAGGAAGUUGUUUCCUUACGAAAGAGGGUGGAAAGAGGUGCUUUGAUGGAGGCUUUGUUAACUGCUGAAGAAGAAGAAUUAUCUUCAGUUGAAAAGGUAUGCGAGAUAGCUAAAAAGGAUAUGGAAGUACUAGAUUUGUUGCAAAAGAAUUUAGAAAGUAGUGAUAGUGUGAAGACUAUUCAAAGUGAAGUGCUUUUUCUAUGUGCCAGUGUCCCAUUUAUAAACAAAAACAAUCAAAAUAGUCUAUUUAAUGAAUAAUUGUACAUAAAUGUAAAUUAGAUUAUAAUCGUUUCAAAUUAAUAUAAUAUGGUAUAGAAUAGUGUUAAAAUUAAAUUGAAUAAAACUAUAACUUUAGUAUAAUUUUAUUUCUUAUAACUAAACGAAAUAAAUUCAACAACAGUUUAUAUUA